AUGGAGGGUGGAUUUAGCAAGGCUCUCUUUAUGGAGAAGGAGAAAGGUUGCGAGGUCGUUGCCAAAAUCCCUUGUCGAAUUGCUGGACCUGCAGGAUGGACAACUGCAUCCGAGGUGGGUGUCCUUAAAUACUUACGCAGAAUUACCACCAUCCCAGUUCCCCGGGUUCUUUCGUGGUCUUCAGACAGGGGCAAUCCCGUAGGCGCCGAGUAUAUCAUGAUGGAAAAAGCUAGUGGUGUCCCCUUGUUUCGUGUAUGGGGUGACAUGACAGAAUUCGAGAAGUUGCAGCUUAUUCAAAACUUGACCAAGCUCGAGGCGCAGUUAUCAGCUAUUCGUUUUCCUGCCUACGGUGGUUUAUAUUUGCGUGACCAUCUACAGAGCUCAAAACCUCAAUGUCUACUUCUAGAUGACGAUGUCGAUCGAUCGCAAUCAUUUUGUAUCGGCCCUUCUCCUGACCGUCAAUUCGACGUCCAUUCGGACCAUUCUAAAGAUCAAGGCCCUUGGACCACAUUAUCAGAACUUGGUAUAUCCAUUGCAAAGCGCGAGCUAUCCCGUAUCUCAACGAUACCAAACAAAUCAGCCAUGUUCUAUCAAGGCACCUUGGAAGAACAAGCUCAGCUCCUCAACCUCACAAUAAGUCUCACGCCCAUGUUAGACUCUCAUCCCUUACUAGGCCAAUCCGCCCAGCCUACACUUUGGCACACCGAUCUACACAUGGGUAACAUCUACGUGGCGCCCGACGACCGCACACAAAUAGUCUCGGUCAUUGAUUUCCAGUCCAUAUCAGUUAUGCCCUUAUUCCUCCAGUCUCGAUGGCCCGAGUUCUUAAAGCCCCCAGACAACUACACCCAAGGCUUCACGAGUCCUGAGCUUCCUGAUGGGUACGACAAUAUGGACUAUGAGAGCAAGUUGCUGGCCCGACGCGAAUGGUCCCAGGCCAAACUAGCAAAAGCAUACGAAGUCUCGACUUACCUUGAAGACAGACCUGCACAUACUGCGAGGAACGUGCCGCGAGUGUUCCGAGAAUUGUUCACCCGGUGUGGGAAGGUGUCUGAGGUGGGAGUUAUCCCCCUCCGAGCUUGUCUAAUAGAAAUAUUUCAGAACUGGUCCAACCUAGGCUUUACCGGGUCGUGUCCUUAUUCCUUCUCGGAAGAAGAAAUGAAGACGCAUGAGCAACAGUUUUCUGAAUACCAGGCUUGGCAUGAAGUUCAGCAUCUUGCACAGGAGUGUCUAGGUACAGACGCCGAAGGAUGGAUAUCGCCCGAGUUAGACAUCGAGGAGAAGCGACGCCAGAACCGGGAGUUACUGGCGAUGUUUAUCGAGCGUAUGGCGGGAGAGAAGUCCCCGGAGGAGGCGAGGCAGAUGUGGCCGUUUCCAGAUGAAGCUUAA